CCGUUUGAACGUACCAUUCCAUCGGGGAUGCACAGUCAGCACCGCUUGAGCUCGCGUGUUCUACACGUGAUGGAACUUCAACAGGAGAAAAGAGUUAUUUUUUCCAUACAAUUGAAGCCUCUAACUGAUAAUAACAAGGAUGAGAGCAAUUAUACUGAAAGAACAAACCAUUCAUAGAGACGGCAAUUGACCUAACUCCAGAGUUUGUAUAAAGAGCACAGAAUGAAUCACUAUCAGCGGCAAAAUAAAAAUAUGAUCGAAAGUAUAGCCUGACCUACAGCCAAACCUGGCUUGAAACCUGAAACGAAUUCAAGCCUCUAUCGGAAAUAUACAUAGGCCACCAUGCAGGCUAGUCCAUGUUUUAACUGGCGGGGGUUUUUUGACAAAGACAUCAUUUGCGGCUUGGUGACCACACAAUAUUUUGAUUUAACGAUAGUUAAACGAGUUAAUGGUACGAGUAAUAACAGUAGACUUGCUCUGCUAUCUCCAAAUAACUGGAUUGCAGGCGGACGCUAGACAAAGGUUUCAUAACCUUACUUCCAACAGUGUUGCAUAACUCAAGAGUCAAGAGGAGAGCAAGCUGAACAUAUUGUACUAAUGUCGGUUUGUAUUCACAAUCAUGUGCUUACAUUCUCUAAAAUAGCAUAAAACAUGAUAUUUUCAAGGACAUAGCACAAAUGCGUUUAAAUUUCAUUUGUUUGUAAGUUAUUUUGCAAACAUUGAGAUAUUGCACACCCGAGAUUUAGCUGCUGGCUACCACUUUAACGAACCGUGCAGUUUACAUACCAACAUUAAUACGGCAACAAAAGUUUGUGCAUUUCUAACAGUUCUGGUAAUAUUUGUUUGGACUGUACCUGAUGUCUGCUAGCCAUAGACAGACAGUAAGCUGUUAGCACUUCACCCGUCGCAUGUUUUGCGUGUAUUGGUGGGCGGGGCUAAACGUUAGUUUGUGUUCAGUUUCUCUUCGUCCCCGGUUGAAGCAAGUGUCGGUUCUGUUGACACUUUCCAUCAGGAGAAAUGAUCUGACCAAAGUGUUUUGAUAGGUAGCUGAUUCCAGUUAUGUCCUUGUGUUGUAAUUAAUAGCUUUACAACAUUACCACUACUGAAAUCCCUAGAAACGUUCACCUUUAAAGUUGUUGGCGUGAACUUUUUCAUGACAGCUCUCUGUCAAGUGUCGUCAGUGAUGUUGAAGUAAACGCAGGCUAGCUUUACCUAACUAGGACACAUUUCUUUCAUUAGAUUAUAACACAUCCCACGCAAAUCUCUGGAGGACAUGGAUCCGGAUGUGUCUAUUUUACUUCACUGUGCUUCCUGGCGGGGAUUGCGAGAAUGGCAGGUGCAAGUGGAACUCUCCUCAAGGUUUAACCGGCAUUCAUCACCAGAUACAGAGGAGCAUAUAGAGUCUAUGUGGGUGGAAAGGAUUAAACGAGAACCGUGGCUUUUCAAUGGGGCCAAAUUCAGACUGCACUCAACCGACUGGACCACGCACCACAGCCCUACAUCCAGACCGCAUGAUGCUAGGGGUGAACAAGUCCAAGAGAAGGCUACUCGAGAAACAUCCAGACAACAGUGCUGCUGCUCAGGUGAGAAAGGGCGUGAUGAGGCACACCAACACGCCCAGUGUGGUGGGCAGUCGGCCGCCCCGCUCCCAAACGCCUGCAGUGGCGACAGUCUGGUUGUGAAGUCACACUCUUCGAAGGGCUCAGGAUGCCAGGGAGAACCCAGGAGAGUUCUAUUGAGUCUGCAGUUAGGCCUAACCUGUUACAAAGACUACCUGGGAACUAACUGGUCUGAAAGGGUGGGCGAGCUUCAGAGGCGAGGAGCAGUCGAGCUUGGAGAUCCACAAGCCCUGCUAGCCCAGCCUCUAGGUGUGGGGGCUGUCAUGGCAACUGCUGAUGGACAAGUGGUCCUCCUAAAGAGGAGCCAGAAGGUUGCAGAAGCCGCUGGACUGCUGGAUAUACCAGGAGGACACCCCGAACCAAAGGCUGUCUGCAAUGGUAUCAGCGAAGAGAGUAUCACCAUAGAGUCGCUCCAGGGCCGAGAGGAAGCGGUCCUUAAAGAAAUCUUCUCCUCUGUGUUAGCAGAGAUAAGAGACGAAGUGAAUGUUCCUCUUAGUUCUCUAAGCGAGCCAAUUCUGCUGGGAAUUGCCCUCAACCACACCAGUGCUGGCAGGCCCAGUGCCGAGUUCUAUGUCAGGUGCUUUCUGACGGCAGAUGAAGUUAAAACUGUCUACCGGCGUGGAGGCCCAGAGGCUAAUGAAUCCACAGAUGUUGUAUUCCUGAAGGAGACGGAAUGGUUGGCUUUGGACAAGAGCGCCCCCCUGUGGUCAGAAUUGUGUCCAUCAGCUAAAGGAGCGAUAAUUCUCCAUCAAGAAGUCAUGCCAGUCAAUGAUCAAAAUGUUUAAAAGAAUAUAAAAUACUCUUUAUUGUGAACAAAAUUGUAAAUGUUUUUUUUUUCUUUUAAAACAUCUUCACUAGCAGAACACAGUAGUGCAAAUGUAGUUAAACAUGUUCAAAUCAUCAAUGAAUUUACAACAUACCGAGAAUAACAGAACACCUGUACAUUUUACAAAAAUACUGUCUGUUUUGGGAUGGAAAAAAAAAAACCCUACUCUAUGCAUAUAUUAAAUUGUUAAUAAUUGUACAAUAGCUCAUUUACGAUGAAUGUUACGGGUGCAGGGCUGUAGAUGUAUGAUACCUUUUGAAAAGUUCUUGUUUUUUAUCUAAAUGUUAAGCAGAUGUAAAGAGAUGUAUUAAAGAUGUAUUACAGAUGUAUUAAAAGGUAAUUUUCAGCACUUCUAA